AAAGAAAAUUUUUACCGUUUUCAAAUUUUUACUGAUUGCACUGCCAUCAUUACAAUAUUUAAAAUUUCGAACGGUACGACGAAGGAGAACGAAGUGAACUUCUAAUGCAGUUUCUGUUGAUCCUUUCAUGCUAGAUCGCUUCCGCGUUUUUCCAGCUUGCGAAUAAAUGGCUGCGCGUUGCGCUUUCGCGGCCGUUGGUCUGUUGAGAGCUCCCGCAGUAAGGAUCACAGCGAUCUCCUCGUUGGGUUCGAGUGGGACUCCACGAAUCUGGAACGUGAAAGACGAUAAUACUCGGCAUUUCACAACCAGUAGUAAUCCUUUCCAAGCAGGAACUCCGACCAGUGUGCUGGAUGACGAAGAAGAGCCAAGCAAGCCUAAAUCUCAGCCGAGUUUCAACACUAAAGCGCACUUUGGCGGUGCCUCUGGACCCCAGGACGUAUCACACUUGGAACGACUGGAAAGAACGGUCAACCUGGUAACUCUGAUGGGCCGUGUUGGAGGAGACCCGCAGAUGCGAGGAACUGAGGAGAAUCCGGUUCUGCUGUUUUCGGUGGCGACCCAUGAGAAUUUCCGCGAUACAACGGGUGCUAUCAUGCAGAAAACGAUGUGGCAUCGUAUCGCUAUUUUCAGGCCAGGAUUGCGGGAAACUGUGUUUCGUAUCUGUAAGAAAGGCCAUCGCGUCUACGUCACUGGAGUUCUGAACUAUGGAAACGUCAAGGAUCCCGAAACGGGCAAUAUGCGGACUAUCGCUACCGUCGUUGCUGAUAAUCUCAUCAUUUUAAGUGAUCCGGCCGGCCCAGUUUCGCCUUAACGACUCUUGCAUACAUUAGUACAUUACCAUUCUGAUGUGCCGGAAAAUUUUUUACUUGUUAAUAAUCUUAUGGUUUUAUCCAGACAUUGCAGGAGGGAGUGUUUGGUUUCCGUUUGUGCGCAAACGGCAAAUCUCAUUUCUUAACAGUUACUAAUUCCCCGUAAUUGAAUCUUAUGUACUAUAAUCAUUCGGCGGUUUGCAUUAGAUUAUUUUCGGAAGAUAUCCUGGGUUGUCCUCUGCUAUUUUUUCACGAUUGCACAUGCUUACAGGAAGCGGCUCAUCUUUGUUGUAUGUCUGGGAAUUUAUCCAUAUAAAAUAAAAAAAACAACUGUUG